UGUCAGCUGACAGAGGCGCAGAUUCCCUCGCGGGACAACGGUCGGCGACGCAGGUGGUUGUGGGGGUGGAAGAGCUCUCACGGCGGGUCUCUGUGCUGUCGGCGAGGCACAGGGCCGCCGCAGCACCAUGGCCACCACCGUCAGCACGCAGCGCGGGCCGGUGUACAUUGGUGAACUCCCUCAGGACUUCCUCCGUAUAACGCCCACCCAGCAGCAGCAGCAGAUCCAGCUGGACGCCCAGGCAGCCCAGCAGCUGCAGUAUGGAGGAGCAGUUGGCACCGUGGGGCGCCUCAGCAUCACUGUAGUACAGGCCAAAUUGGCAAAGAAUUAUGGCAUGACUCGUAUGGACCCUUAUUGCCGUCUGCGUCUGGGCUAUGCUGUUUAUGAAACUCCCACAGCACACAAUGGUGCCAAGAACCCUCGCUGGAAUAAGGUCAUCCAGUGCACAGUGCCCCCAGGUGUGGACUCGUUCUACCUUGAGAUCUUCGAUGAGCGAGCCUUCUCCAUGGACGACCGCAUAGCUUGGACCCACAUCACUAUCCCUGAGUCCCUGAAGCAGGGCCAAGUGGAGGAUGAGUGGUACAGCCUGAGUGGGAGGCAGGGUGACGACAAGGAGGGCAUGAUUAACCUGGUCAUGUCCUACACGUCCCUCCCAGCUGCCAUGAUGAUGCCACCUCAGCCUGUGGUCCUGAUGCCAACUGUGUACCAACAGGGUGUCGGCUAUGUGCCCAUUGCAGGUAUGCCUGCUGUCUGCAGCCCUGGCAUGGUGCCUGUGGCCAUGCCCCCACCAGCUGUGGCUCCUCAGCCCCGCUGUAAUGAGGAGGACCUCAAGGCUAUCCAGGACAUGUUUCCCAACAUGGACAGGGAAGUAAUCCGCUCUGUGCUUGAAGCCCAGAGAGGGAACAAGGAUGCUGCCAUCAAUUCCUUGCUACAGAUGGGUGAAGAGUCCUAGACCCAUUUGUGGCCCUUGGAUUCAUACCACUGACCCUUGGAAUUGCCUACCCAGGGUCACCAUCCCCACAAGAUUCCAAUGAAAGACCAUCCACAUACCCCCCUUCCUUGGACAUCUGCACCACCCCUUCCCACAUAUUUUGGGGAUGCAUGUGGAUUUUUGGUUCUAGGCAGGCAGUCUUCUUUAUUGUUGGUGGGGGACAGGGUGGAGGGACAGCUCUCUCCUUGUUUCUAGCUGGGUGAUGGUGGCAUGGCCCUGUUACUGCACAGACCAGUGGUUCUUUGUUUGAGGACCUGCAUCUCCCAUCCUCACCCUAUUUUGGAAAGCAUUCUUACAGAAAGCAGCUGCAUCUGCCAGGAUGUUAGAAUUUGUACAGCAUCCUUCUGAGUCAAUGGAUGGCAUGGAGUUACUCAGCCUAACUGGGAUGGUUGUUGAAGGUGCACUGAGUUCAUGUGCACUUACUUACAGGUUAUUUUUAGAACUUUCAAGCUAAAAGCUGCUUCCUCUGAUGUUGUAUAUGAACCUGGGCCCCACACCUAGUCCUGGGCCAGUGAGAUAUGUUUCCCAGCCAUUUCUAGCAGGUCUGACCUCUUUGUCUAGCUCACCUGCCACUGUCUGGCUAGGCUUCAGCCACAGAAAUCCAACUUGAAUACAGAAGGUGUCCAGACCUGGUGCUUGGCUGGCCAAGCCCCACCUUGGUCCUUAACUGCUGGAGGCUGCUUUCCACCUCCUUUUGUUUAGUACCAGCAUUGUGGGAUUUACUCCUGGGGCUGUUCUUGUUGGUAGGCCUUCAUCACAGAGCCCAGAGUCGGGUGAAGGAGGUGGGCGGUGUGACACUACUAACCUGCAGCAGACUCUGUGGAUCCAUACUGUAGCUUGGCUUGAGUGAUAAAAAUCCCAUGCUUAAAUUAAACCUUCACUGAGUUAUAGGUGCCUGUACCUGACUAGUGGAUAUUGUGUGUUGUAUUUUGGUUGCAAAUCUUGAGCCCAUGACCUGGCUGUAGAUCUGUUUGGAGAGAAUGGGUGAUACCUUGUCCUAAGAUUCAGUACCGUGAAAGCUUUCUCAGAAUUUAUACACUGUACAGGUACCAUUAAGAAGCUAUGGAGCAUUGUCACACAUUUGUGGUGUUACAGUUUUGCCUUACAUUACAGUUGCUUUUUGUUUUUCUGAGAGUUUGCAUCCAGCCUAUGGGUGUGUGACUCACCAGUAUGGGCAUGAAGGUAACACCUAGCAGUUUGGACUUUUGUGAAGGACUUAAAAUAA